CCAUGAUCUACUGGAGCCUGGCAUUUGGCGUGUCUAUAGUGAUACAAUGUCCACUGUCAUGAUGUCUCAAACACCUCUACGACUCGCCUUCUCGGUCGCCAGGCCUUUGCGCCGGCAACAAGAUCCCAGAUUGUAUUUCCGAGCCUCUCGCCCGAUCGCAGAUUCCUCUCCCGCGCAACGGCCUCCGAGAUAUAAGAGGCCCCUUGUCGAGCAACGUGCUCUGUCCCAGUCAUCCAGAAGGUCAUUUUCGAGCACGAAUAUGGUAAGGGCGACCGUCGUGUUGCAUAACCGUCGAGUCGACGAGGAUGGGAAGGAUAUGACGAUUGAGAUAUCUGAACGAGCUGCCAAGCGUCUCAAACAAAUCACAAGUGCUGCGCCCCAGAGGAACACUCUUACUUCCUCUUCUUCCUCCUCUUCCUCUCCUCGAGAUUCACAUUUGCGCGUAACGGUCACCGCCGGCGGAUGUCAUGGCUUCCAGUAUCUGAUGUCACUUGAGGAUGGCUCAAAAUUUGAUCCGCAGGAGGAUACCAUAUUUGCCAGCGAAGAUGGCGGGGCCCCUGGGAAGGCGCAGGUCGUAAUGGACCAGGCGUCACUGGAACUGCUGAAAGGAAGCACGAUUGACUUCACGACCGAGUUGAUUGGCAGUCAGUUCAAGAUUGUUGGCAAUCCGAGGGCAACAAGCAGCUGCGGUUGCGGGACAAGCUUCGACAUCGAGUAGCAGCGACGUCUUACGCUUCAAAGUGGUCAACACAGCUUUUAAUGCUCCGAUCCUUUACAGUCUCCCCCCGCUUAUAAACUACUCCCGUCCACGAACUGCAACUUCAACCGGUAUACGGCCAGACUGUACUUUGGCGUGUGGUUCGCAUAGUCCUGAGCCCUCUCGGUCAAUACUCAAUCCUACAAAGUCUCAUCGAAAAGCAGAUCUGUCUCACGUACAGAUGGAGGUGCACAUCUAUUCUGAAUCCUGCAAACGUGCUAAAUGCUUUGGUAUGAACACUUUCAAGUCCGGAAACCAAAUCACAUGCUCGUACGCCAUCGUGGUCAACGGCUACACUAAGAGCAGUGUUGGCAGGUGUGUCAAUCAUUGCUCAAGUGGCGACUGUGGGUAUGCGAAGGCAGUUUUCUCUUUUGUGGUGUCAUCUUCAGCCCAUCUUUCCAGCCCGACUCAUAGGACCCCAAUUUUCCCUCGGGUUCAUCUGAUAUCUCACAAGCUUGGCUCGGGGCUUUUCUUUCCCCAACUUCUCGUCGAAGACAAUCUUGAGCUUACCCGUUUCUACGGUUGAUGAACUCCUGGAGCGAGACCGACGAGGCUGGUCUUCGCUCAAAGCCUCGCUUUCUUCGAGCCUGCCAUUUGUUUGUGUGGUGGCCUCUUCACCUCCUGCACUGGAAGCGGGAUUGUCCUUCUCCAGCCUUCCAAGCAUCCCAUGCAGGACCGUUUUGAGAUCUUCCUUAGUCUCACACCUCUUAAGCUGAUCUUUCGUAAGGUCUGCCAGCCCCGAAACGAAGGAUCUCUCUGUUCCUCUAACUCUGGAUAGAAUGUUCCAGCCUGGGGUGCCUUUUUUGACGGCUCCUUCCUUGAUUGGGGCUUUCGUACGCAUGAAUUCCCGCAUAAUCUCCCAGAGCACACUCCAGGGUGCAUUGGUCUUGAUGCUGCCGGGCUUGCAGUGCGAGCGGGUGACACGAUAACCUGUGCUGAGGAUAGCGCCUCGUAUCAUAUUCUCUGAUGGGGUUGCGCAGUGGAUGACUUUCGCUAUUUGGUUAGGAAUAAUGAAGAACGGAGCACCAUCGAUGACGUUGGGUGGUAGCCGCGGAAUGAUUUUGGUGUCAGAUGUUGUCGCAUGCUGUGCUGCUGAGGUGGCGGCUGGAGAGGGUUGAGGUGACAGAUCUUCUUCUAGAGCAAGAGUGAGCAUCCCUUCGAGCCGCU